CCCCUCCGGCCCGGGCCCCCCCGGGCGCCGCGGGCCCAGGCGGCCCGGAUGGCGGUCGCGGCGGCAGGGGCAGGGGCUGGGGCCGGCGCGGGCGGCAGGCGCGGCCACCACUGACGGGUAGUCGGGCACCCCGAGCAGGCCGAGUAUGCAGCGCUGGAAGGCGGCAGCCUUAGCCUCGGUGCUCUGCAGCUCCGUGCUCUCCAUCUGGAUGUGUCGGGACGGCCUGCUCCUCAGCCACCGCCUGGGACCCGCGCUGUCCCCACUGCGCCGGCCACCUCGCACCCUGGACGCCCGGAUCGCCCGUCUGGCCCAGUAUCGCGCACUGCUGCAGGGCGCCCCGGACGCGGUGGAGCUGAGCGAGCUGACGCCCUGGGUCGGAAGGCCCCCGCGUCCGCGCCGUCGGGCGGGGCCCCGGCGGCGGCGCGCGCGUGCGCGGUCGGGGACGCGGCCGUGCGGGCUGCGCGAGCUCGAGGUGCGCGUGAGCGAGCUGGGCUUGGGCUACGCGUCCGACGAGACGGUGCUGUUCCGCUACUGCGCAGGCGCCUGCGAGGCGGCGGCGCGCGUCUACGACCUGGGGCUGCGGCGGCUCCGCCAGCGGCGGCGGGUUCGGCGGGAGCGGGUGCGCGCGCAGCCCUGCUGCCGCCCGACGGCCUACGAGGACGAGGUGUCCUUCCUGGACGCGCACAGCCGCUACCACACGGUUCACGAGCUGUCGGCGCGCGAGUGUGCCUGCGUCUGACCCUACCUCACCGGCGCCGGCGCGACGGCGCCCACCGUCCCGCCGGGCAGGCCCCGCGGCCGCAGACUGCCCCUGCGCAGACGAUGCCGUCGAGGCCCCAGGACUGUCCGAUACCCGCUCCAGAUAAAGUGUGGAAAGCGGA